UGCUCCUCUGGAUUGAAGUCUAUUCAUAAACCGUUCUUGUGCCCAGGUAACCCUCCGUUCAGCGAGGCUCCGUAUUUCGCAGACCAAUCUGGAGUUUUCGAAUACUUCACAAACAUCUCGGACCCCGGAGAGCACACGUUCACCUUCCGGCAGGUGGUCACUCAGCGUCCCAUCACCUGGGCGUCUGACGCCCCUCAAGCCAUAAGCGUCAUUGGAGACUUCACUUGGUCCAACGUUGCUGUAACCUGCGACAUUUACAUUGAGACCCCGGACACGGGCAGUGUCUUCAUUGCAGCCAGAGUGAAUCAAGGUGGAUCAGACACCUAUGUGGCCAAAGGGAUCUAUUUCUGGGUGUUGGCCGACGGCACUUAUAAAGUCACCGGAGACUUGCUCGGGAAGAUCGUCCUGAUGAAGGGGCUUUCUGGUGUCCGUGCCAGGACGUGGCACACGCUGACCCUUAACGUGGAGGGUUCCAGUGCUUACGGCCUCCUGAACGGUAAUCCCUUGUGGAAAGGCAAAAUUACGGUGGGACCGGCUCGUGGCUGGGCCGCUAUAGGGACCGGUCAUUUGAGUUUGCACAGUUUGAUAACUUUAUGAUCAAAGCCACAGUUCUGUAA